GGUGCUGUGUACGACUCGAACGAGCGCCAGCCGCACUCCAAGUGUCUUCCAGGGACCAGGACUGGCGUACUUGAGAAACUCCGAGAACUCGUCGAUGACGAAGCGCACAAGAUCGUGUGGCUCUGCGGGGAGUCGGGGUCGGGAAAGUCGACGAUAGCGCAUACCCUCGCAGACGAACUCAGAGAUACGAACAGGCUCGCAGCUUCAUUCUUUUUUUCCAGAAAACAUACUAAGCGCAGCACGUUCGACCAUGUCCUCCUCACCCUCGCGUAUCAGCUGGGAAUACACCAUCCCACUGCAAAAGAGAUCAUUGUGAAGGCCAUCGCCGACGACCCGGCCUUGCUCUCCACCGAGAAAUCGCGCAGGGAUCAGCUCGAGGCACUCGUCAUUGAGCCUCUAAAGGCUCUU